AUGGAUCUCCUGAUAAUUAUAGUUCUGGUAGUGACAGCAGCAACACAAGGUAAGACAUUAUAUUACAGAACAGAGUAUAAGGCCUAGCCAAGCCAUAAUAACAAUCAAACAAACCAAAACAAUCAGCACAUUAUGCUAAUUGUUGAAAAUGUUCUGCUAAUCCAAUGUUCUGCUAAUCCAGUUUCUAUGAUUACCAAAUAAAAAAAUAUAUAUAAAAGAAAAAGCAGCACAUAUCUAUAAGAGUGGGUUCACUGUUAAAUAAAUCAUCAAUAACUGUGUGCCUUCAGAAAGUAUUCAUACCCCUUGACUUAUUCCACAUUUUGUUAUGUUACAGCCUGAAUUCCUCACCCAUCUACACACAAUACCCCAUAAUGACAAAGUGAAAACAUGUUAUUAGACAUUUUUGCAAAUGUAUUGAAAAAUAAAUACAGAAAUAUGUCAUUUACAUAAGUAUUCACACCCCGAAUCAAUCAUCUUUGGCAGCGAUUACAGCUGCGAGUCUUUCUGGGUAAGUCGCUAAGAGCUUUGCACAUCUGGAUUGUACAAUAUUUGAACAUUAUUCUUUAAAAAAUUAUAACAUCUCUGUCAUGUUGAUUGUUGAUCAUUGCUAGACAGCCAUUUUCAAGUCUUGCAAUAGAUUUUCAAGCCAAUUUAAGUCAAAACUAGGACACUCAGAAACAUUCAAUGUCGUCUUGGUAAGCAACUCCAGUGUAUAUUUGGCCAUGUGUUUAAGGUUAUUGUCCUGCUAAAAGGUCAAUUUAUCUCCCAGUGUCUGUUGGAAAGCAGCAGACUGAACCAGGUUUUCCUCUAGGAUUUGGCCUGUGCUUAGCUCUAUUCCGUUUAUUUUUAUUCUAAAAAACUCCCUACUCCUUGCCGAUGACAAGCAUACCCAUAACAUGAUGCAGCCACCACCAUUCUUGAAAAUAUGAAGAGUGGUACUCAAUGAUGUGUUGUAUUAGAUUUUCCCCAAACAUAACACUUUGUAUUCAGGACAUAAAGUUAAUUUAUUGCCACAUUUUUUUGGCAGUUUUUCUUUAGUGCCUUAUUGCAAACAGGAUGCAUGUUUUGGAAUAUUUUUAUUCUGUACAGGCUUCCUUCUUUUCACUCUGACAUUUAGGUUAGUAUUGUGGAGUAACUACAGCUUUCUCCUAUCAUAGCCGUUAAACUCCGUAACUGUUUUAAAGUCACCAUUGGCCUCAUGGUGAAAUCCCUGAGUGGUUUCCUUCCUCUCCGGCAAGUGAGUUAGGAAGGACGCCUGUAUUUUUGUAGUGACUGGGUGUAUUGAUACACCAUCCAUAAUGUAAUUAAUAACUUCACCAUACUCAAAGGGAUAUUCAAUGUCUGCUUUUUAAAUGUUUACCCAUCUACCAACUGGUGCCCUUCUUUGCGAGGCAUUGGAAAACCUCCCUGGUCUUUGUGGUUGAAUCUGUGUUUGAAAUUAACUUCUUGACUGAGGGACCUUACGUAUAAUUGUAUGUGUGGGGUACAGAGAUGGGGUAGUCAUUCAAAAAUCAUGUUAAAGCUUAAAGCCUAUUAUUGCACACAGAGUGAGUCCAUGCAACUUAUUAUGUGACUUGUUAAGCACAUUUUUACUCCUGAACUUAUUUACGCUUGCCAUAAAAAAAGGGUUGAAUAUCAAGGCUCAGGCUAAGACCCAGAUGCAGACACAGGAGGCGGAUAGUACGAGUCUCAGAGUUUGUAACAGUACAAGGGGCAGGCAAAAAGGUAAGUCAAGGCAGGCAAGAGUUGUAAUCCAAAUCAGAGUCAGGCAGGUACAGGACAGCAGGCAGGAUCAGGGUCAGGACAGGCAGAAAGGUUAGAACUGGGAAGACUAGGAAAAACCAAAACUAGAGCACUGGAAACACGGGAAACACGCUGGUAGGACUUGACAGGACAAGACGAACUGGCAACAGACAAACAGAAAACGCAGGUAUAAAUACACAGGGGAUAAUGGGGGAAAUAGGAGACACCUGGUGGAGGGUGGAGACAAGCACAAAAACAGGUGGAACAGAUCAGGGUGUGACGGUUGAAUACUUAUUGACUUAAGACUUUUCAGCUUUUCAUUUUAAUUAAUUUGUAAAAAUGUCUAAAAACAUAAUUCCACCUUGACGUUAUGGAGUGUUGUGUGUAGGCACAAAAUCUAAAUUUAAUCCAUUUCAAAUUCAGACUGUAACUCAACAAAAUGUGGAAAAAGUCAAGGGGUGUGAAUACUUUCUGAAGGCACUGUGUAUAAAAUAUUUGCUUAACAUAAAUAUGAAUAUUUUGUAUUGUGCUAUUGUUAUAUUUUGAUUUUUAAAAAUAUUUUCCACUUAAAUUUACCUUCAGACUUACAGUACAUUAAUGCAAACAGACAUGCACCAACAUGCUGACCUAAAAUAAUUACUCCACAGUUGGUGCCACGGCCUGUAAUGUCUCUCACGGGAAUGGAACUCAUCAAUGCUAUGGGGCUUUGGGAGAAGCUUUGUCCUUUCACCUGGCUGUAGACUGUAGUAUUGAAGAAACACGAUUGAAGAAAGGUGAUAAACUCAUUCUGCAAUACAAUAUUGGUAAAGGCUGGAAAUCAAAAUUGCACUCGGAGUUUGUGAAUCGCACUGAGUUCUUUAAUAAUGGAACAUUGAGGCUGGACAGAGUCUUGGAAAAUGACUCUGGAGAUUACCAAAUGGAAAUAUAUAACUCAAGGGGAUCACUGUUGCGUUGGUUCAACAUUCGACUUCAGAUACAAGGUACACAACCUUUUUGUUUUUUAGUUAGGCCUAAAUACUUAAUGCAUCCUUUUCCUGGUGAGGGGGAUUUCUGAAAGGUCGCCAGGAUGUCAGUACUUCAAUAGGUUUAUACUGCAUACUUGGCAGCAGUAAUACUACACAGAAGAGGAUAUUGUUAAGACAUAUACUGUAAUGCUUUAGAUAUACAUUUUGUAUGAAUCAGUAGAUUAUAUAGUGUCUCUGUGUUUGUGUCUGUCAGCCCCAGUGUCAGUGCCAGUGUUGUCUCACUACUGUCUGCCUCAUGGAGAGACCAUGGUCACAUGCUCCUCAGAAGGAGAUGGUCUUCAGUACAGCUGGACCAUGAACGGCCUGACUCUGAGUGUAGCCUACAAUGCUGUCACACUGAAGAGCAGUGAUAUGGCAGAAUUGACCUGCAUUGUUCAGAAUAAUGUUAGCAGAAGCAACUGUACAAUUGAUCUCCCGGCCUGCCCAGGUAAUGUCAGGACAAUUGACUUCAUUCCCACCUUUUGAAUUAAGAGUACAAAUCAUUUCAUUUGCAUGAAUCAUGCAAACGUGUACUGAUGUUUUCUUUUUAGUUGUCUCUUCCCAGUUUCCUUUUGUAGCUGUGACAGUGGCUGUGGCUUUGACUGUUGGAACUCUCACACUACUUCUUGCACUGUAUGUCGGUAAGAACCAUCUAUGCAAGAAACUACGAUCCAGAUAUGAUACUUCAGGUAAAAAAAAAAAAGUUGUACUUUUGUGCAGAACAUACAACAUGUCCAGAUUGUACAACAGCUUUCCUCUUCCUUCCAUUUUUCAGAAAGCAUUAACGAGGCUGAGGAUCUUGUAUACGCUGAUGUGACAAUAAACAAGCAAAGGAAGCAGAAGCCCCCUGCCACAGAGAUGGUGGAGUAUGGACAGAUCGAAAUGGCUGGGAACCCGGAUGUGGCAGGCAGCCCAUAG